AUGGCGGACGAUGUAGAACAAUAUCGAGCGGCUUUGAAGAGAUGUCCCCCCGGUCAUUCUGAUCGACCGCGGUCUCUCAACAAUCUUGCCGCCAGCCUUCAAGAAAGAUUCAUGCAGCGGGGCGUCCCGUCUGACCUGGAUGAGUGCAUCGAGCUCAAUCGGGCUGCACUACUCCUUCGUCCCCUUGGCCAUCCUGAUCGAUCGUUGUCUCUCAACAAUCUUGCCGUCAGCCUGCGAGAAAGAUUCACGGAUCGGGGCGUCCCGUCUGACCUGGAUGAGUCGAUCGAACUCAGUGGGAAUGCACUACUCCUUCGUCCCCUCGGUCAUCAUGAUCGACCGUUUUCUCUCUACAACCUUGCCGUCAGCCUUCGAGAAAGAUUCAUGCAGCGGGGUGUCUUGUCUGACCUUAAUGAGUGCAUCGAGCUCAAUCGGGCUGCACUAUUUCUUUUCCCCUCUGGUCAUCCUCCUCGAUCGCAUUCUCUUAACAAUCUCGCCGUCAGCCUUGGAGACAGAUUCAGGCAGCGGGGCGUCCCGUCCGACCUUGAUGAGUCCAUCGAGUUCCAUCGGGCUGCUCUACUCCUUCAUCCCCUCGGUCAUUCUGAUCGAUCGUUGUCUCUUAGCAAUCUUGCCGUCAGCCUUCAAGAAAGAUUCACACAGCGUGGCGUCCCGUCUGACCUGGAUGAGUCCAUCGAGCUCCAUCGGGCUGCACUACUCAUGUGUCCCUCCAGCCAUUCUGAUCGAUCCCAGUUUCUCAACAGUCUUGCCGUCAGCCUUCGAGAAAGAUUCACGCAGCAGGGCGCCCCAUCUGACCUCGACGAGUGUAUCGAGCUCAACCGAGCUGCACUUCUUCUUCUCCCCCCCGGUCAUCUUUCAACAGUCUCGCUAUUCACGCAGCAGGGAAUCCCGUCUGACCUGGAUGAGUCCAUCGAGCUCCAUCGGGCUGCUCUACUCCUUCGUCCUCUCGGUCAUUCUGAUCGACCACUGUCUCUCAGCAAUCUCGCCAUCAGCCUUCGAGACAGGUUCACGCAGCGGGGUAUCCUGUCUGACCUUGAUGAAUGCAUCGAGCUCAAUCGGGCUGCACUACUCUUUUUCACCCCCGGUCACUCUGUUCGAUCAACGUGUCUCAACAAUCUCGCUCUCAGCCUUCAAGACAGAUUCACGGAGCGGGGCAUCCCGUCUGACCUUGAUGAGUGCAUCGAGCUCAAUCGGGCUGCACUGUCCCUUUCCCCCCUCGGUCAUUCUGAUCGACCGACGUGUCUUAACAAUCUCGCCUUCAGCCUUGGAGACAGAUUCAGGCAGCGGGGCGUCCCAUCUGACCUUGAUGAGUCCAUCGAGCUCAAUCGGACUGCACUACUCCUUCUCCCCUCCGGUCAUUCUGAUCGAUCGAUGUGUCUCAGCAAUCUCGCCCUCAGCCUUCGAGACAGAUUCAUGGAGCGGGGCGUCCCGUCUGACUUUGAUGAAGCAUUUAGCCUGUUCUUGCAACUCCCCCACAUAUCCCAUGCAGUCUCUCGUCGCGAUCUGACUGUUGCUAAGUCAUGGAUCACCUUCGCCGAGGACGCAAACCAUGAUUGUGCAUUGAUUGCAUACCAAACUGCAUUGAAAUUCCUAGAUCAGCAUGUCACCCUUUUGUCACCUUCGUCGCGUCAUUUUGAUGUCGUGAGGAUGGCCUCGGCUUCGCUUGCUGUGGACGCUUUCUCAUGCAGCAUUCGUCAUGGCGCGCUGACAACUGCUGUGGAACUGGUGGAGCAAGGCCGUGCAGUGUUCUGGACCCAGUUGGCACGCCUGAGCUCACCAUUCGAUGAACUUUCCCUGCCUGGUGAUACUGGCGGAGCCUUGGCGACAGAGUUCAAGCAGUUGAGCUUUCGCCUUCGUAGCACAUUUGAUAAGUCUACUGAAGACCAGUCCCCACAAAUCCGACAACUGACCAUGCAAUGGAACGAUGUUCUCUCGCGCAUCCGCAUGCUCCCCGACUUGUCUCGGUUUCUCCUGCCUCCCCUGUUCUCCGACCUACAGAAGGCCGCUGAAGAAGGUCCUGUCAUCAUCGUCAAUGCUAGUCAGCACAGCUGCGAUACCUUGAUCGUUCUCCGUGACCAAAAUCCUGUCCACAUUCCAAUUGAUAUCUCGCGGACCAAAGUCUCCGAGUUGUCCUUCGAUUUUCAGUCCGUCGCAGAGCAAUUUGGUUCUUCCAAUCAUCAAAACACGCUUGUAGGCAUCCUCCGCAAGCUUUGGCAUGAUAUCGUCGACCCCGUAGUCCAAGCCCUUAAGAAGUCGGAUGUUCAGCCUGGCUCGCGUAUCUGGUGGUGUCCCACCGCUGAAUUCACUUUACUUCCUCUACAUGGAGCAGGACCCUACGAGAAGGGGAGAGACAACUUGUCACAGAUUUACAUCUCCUCUUAUACCCCCACGUUGGCGGCGCUCGUUCGUGCGAGACAGCGCUUUUCUCAAUAUACAUCUACUCAAUAUUUUGUUGCAAUUGGUCAAGGAAACCCGGACAGUGGGAAUGAAUUGCGAUGUGUCGCUCCCGAGUUAGCCGACAUAGCUAAGCGUCUCGUACCCAUCGUUUCGUCCUUUACGUCGCUCGAGGACAGCGACGCGACAGUGCAGGGUGUUCUCGACACACUUAAUCAUAACCAGUGGCUUCACCUAGCCUGCCAUGGAAUGCCGAAUCGACAACAACCAUUUGAAUCCUCCUUUGCAAUGCGUGAUGGGCCGUUGAUGGACAUCAUCCGAUCCAACUGGGAGAAUCCGGAGUUUGCAUUCUUAUCGGCUUGCCACACUACCGUGGGCGAUGAGAAGAGUCCCGACGAGUCGAUCCAUCUCGCCGCGGCGAUGCAAUUUUCUGGAUUUCGUAGUGUCAUAGAUUGGACUGCACGCGGGCUGCGAUGGCGUUGCACAAGGCUGUGA